CUUUGUCCCAAGUUUUCAAGUGGAUAGCGUUUCACUUUAUAACCGAACAUGAACGGUCAAGAAAUAGACGAAACCAUCUCCGUAGAUAACCUUACGUGGAGCUCGGAGGAGUUUACUUUGAGCGACUUCGUCGACAAGUUUCCUUUACCUCAAAUCGUUAAAGUACAAGAAGGAUAUUAUGGCCCUGAUGAAGACUCUUGCCUCGGAGCUGACCAGAUUUUAUUCCUCCACGCUGUAAAACACACCGAAAAAGUACAGGCUCGCGAUAGAAGGAAGCGAUUUCUUCAUAUUCCAUUGAAUUGUUCGCAAAAAAUCGAGCUGCGGCCGUCGAACUUGAAGGAUGUUUACGAAAGCGUAGGAGAAGUAGCCAAAAUCAUACAUAAUUUUCCAAAGUUCGUUCGCGUGACACAGGGAUUUUAUAGCAUGGACGGCGAUAAUGUGUCCAUUAAUCCAGGUGAUAAGCUGAAGUUAUUGAGGAUAGUCCCGGGGGAGCAGGAUGACUACCUAAUUGUCGAAAAUCAAGACAGAACUGGGUUUCCAAUUCGAAUUCCUAUUAGUGCUCAAGCGGGGUUUCAACCCUUGGUCGAUGGUCGGGAGUACUACCUCAAAGAGGCGACGUCUAUGACUCCAAUUCCAUUCUUCUUCCAGUUUAUCGACCCUCCCCAACUUAACGCGACAGGAGAACCCUCCGUCUUCAAUUCCACUCUGGGAGUUCUAAGAGUCGAGAAAACUUACCAAGAUGCGACAGUGAUCUGCACAACGAAGGAAGGAACGAAUAGAACUGUCGUCAGCUGUCCAAAACAGCUACAAAUCACCGUUGCUGCUGCCAGUGGAGCCCUUAUCGGGGAUUCAAACUAUGUGAGGGUUUGUCGCUUUUUCCACGAUGGGGUGAGCUUGAAAAGAAUCGAAAACAUGGAGGCUUACAAUGUUUUUGCAUCUCGAGAUACCAUUAGAGAGUACGUUUAUGAUGUUCCUAAGGUACCACCAUCUCCAACCACCCCGGAUGAAUUUGUCGUACCAGUAGUACCCAAGCAAAGACACAAGGAAAAAGUAAAGCAAAUGAACAGCCUUGAGGACGAAGAUGCACUUUCUGAAGAUUAUGACAGUGAUGAGUGUCAUGAUUAUACGUACAUUGAUGACAAGAAAGUUGAAGGAUGGGCAAAGGAUAGUUUUGAUUAUAAUAGCUUCAAGCGGAGUUUUGAUGGGGAAAGUAGGGAUGAGUCUACGGAUGAGCCAUCCGGUCAGAAUGCAGUUGCAAGUUAUAUAGAGAUGGAUAAAGCUGAAAUCAAAAAUGGGAUACUUUAUCUGGAAAAUCCCAAGCCUCCACCUGUAGGUCCCAAACCAGUUAUUCCUGGAAAAACACAGGGAAAAAGGGAAAGCACAGUGGAUACUGAACAUACAGCAAGUGCUGCUCCUUCGUCUACAAAAACUGAGAGAGGCCCAAAGACAAACCCCCUAGGCAUUCCUAUUAACUCAGAUGACUUAAACAGUCUGAAUAUUGAUGGGGUGUCCAGAUUUCUUGAACAGCACCGGUUGCCAGAGUUUGUUGAAGCUUUCAAGUACAACCAGAUAGAUGGUGAAAUGUUGGUGUCGCUGGAUUUGGAUAUGAUGGAAGCUCUUGGGAUGAAUCCCUUCCAAAGGAAAAAGCUGAAGAAGUUAGUGGAUGGAUGGAGACCAAGGGAUUGAAAUAACGAAUAGCACAGGAACCCCAAGUUUAUGAGAAAUGAUUUUAUGAUAUUUUCCCUUAUUGGAAUAUGAAGAAAUUAACUUGUAGUUCCAAAAUGAAAGCAAUUCUGUAGGUAUUUUUUUAUUUUCUUUAUAGAAUUUAUGGUUGAAAACUUUUUUUUUUUUGCUGCAACCAGGGGACAUAUAGUUUUGGAUCCAGUUUAUUGUGGAAACAGAGGGGAGGAAGGUGCCAUUAUCCACUUCAUUUUCAAGUCUCAGCCUCCCAACUUUAGUUGCAUACAUAGCAGCAUAGUUGAGUGGUCAUAGUGUAGGUCAUCCGGUGGUGCCAGGUUUGAGUCCCACUGUGGCCAUUAGCUGAGACUGUAUUUGUCCUGAUUUCCGAUUAGUUCAGAAUCAGUUUCUCGAUCAUGCUUGUAAAUAGCCAACUGGUUUGCCUCCUUGCCAGUUCUUAACACGCUUUAUGUUUAUCUGAUCAUUUAUUUCAGUUUAUUAAUUGUAGGAGGGCCAUAAUGAAAACUACUGGGCUACCAGUAAUGUAUGUCACCCUCAUUAAAUAAAGUCAAUUUAUUUUAUUUUAUUUUUUUAUACAUACUAGUCUGAUAGAAUCUAAGCCCUCACUUUAUUCUAUGGUCCUUUGGACUAAUCUACAAUUUUGCGAAAUAUCUGUAGAAAAUUAGGCACCAAACGUCUAUCCCCUCCAGGGGAAAUGCAUAGAUGUUAAUUUCUUAAAAUGUAUAUUAUUGAAUUAUUUGCACUUCAUUUAAAGCUAUUACAGCUUGAUCUCUGCUGAAGGUGUUCAAUACACCAUUGUUAAUUGAAUGCAAGAUUUUAUAUGCAUGGUUACUCAUAAGUCAUGCAAAGAGAAAUCAAAAUAUGAAAACAAUUUGAAAUAUUUGAAAGAAAAUUUAAGAUGAAAAAUAGCUGGAUAUCAGGAAUAUUAUUUAGAAUUAAGAAAAUUGUUGAGUUUUGUUUUUUUUAAUUUUUUAACAUAAUGCAAAAUAAUAAUAAUCUCAACUGUUGCCAGCAAUGUCUUUUUCACAACUACCAGAAUGCUUUGUAAAAUUUUUCACAUGAAAAUUUUUAACAUCUAAUGAGAAUAGCAAAACGAUUAGUGUAGUAAAUGUUAAAGAAGAGUAUUCUGGUAGUUUUUAUUAAUGCAAUAUAAUUCAAAUAGUGUGUGUAGCUAAAUAUAUUAUAUCACAGAACAACUUCAACUUCAAUUUUUUUUUGGUGAGGACUCAAACUGUCCUCUUUUUACCUAUAUGAAUUUAUCAAAAAAUAUAGAAAAAGUAAAUACUGGGUCGAUAAUGGAAUAUCCCAUGGUAGAGUGCAUAAUAUAUAUCAUUACAAAUUUUUGUAAGAAAUUGCACAAAUUAGUAAGUUCAGUAGUCUGACGGUAGAACUACAAAACAUUGCACUAAUUUGUACAAUUUUGUAAGUUAACUUUUUUACGGAUCAGAUACAGUCAAUGUCAUUAAUGUUGUCCACUAAAAAAAGACAUUUACACAUUUAGACUAAAGAGAGCCUGAACUUUAAAUGUAAAAUUCAACUUGUGAAUCGAAAAUCCAGAAUGCCCCGACCAUUU